AUGAAUAACCUCUCUUUAAUGCUGAAUAGAGCUGCUGAGGAGGGGAAGUUUCAGUAUUAUCACAACUGCGACACUGCCAAACUCACACAUCUUUGUUUCGCCAACGAUCUCCUCAUCUUUGUGGAUGGGUCAUUGUCCUCGGUCCAAAAUGUACUUCAUGUUCUGCAAGAAUUUGAGGAUCGGUCUGGUCUAGCUAUCAGCCUCCAAAAAUCCUCUUUCUAUGGUGGUGGUCUCAGUGAGGAAGAGAUCAGCUUAAUCAGUUCCACUACUGGUCUUCCACAUGGUACACUCCCUGUUCGUUAUCUUGGUGUACCUCUCUGUACAAAAAAGCUUACUAUUCAGAACUGUGAGCCACUUUUACAACAAGUCAAAGGGAAAAUCAACCAUUGGUGUUCGAAGUCCUUAUCUUUUGCGGGUCGGCUUCUGCUCAUAAACAAUGUCAUUGCAGGGAUCUCUAACUUCUGGUGCUCCACUUUCCUUCUCCCAAAAGCUUGCAUUCGCAAGAUUAAUUCCAUGUGUAAUGCCUUCUUGGGGAAAGGUCAACUGGCAGGACACCAUUCUGCAAGGGCUCAGUUUGGGUGGCAUGGUAUCGAUCACACUUCCUUCGGGGUUCUCUUAGUAGCUCCUGGACAAUGA